AUGUCAAAAUCUGUUCUUUGCUCAAUCGAAAAUGUUACAGAAGUUAGCUCCAAGGAAGGAGAAGUGCAAGGAACACUCUCAUUGGUUGUUUCUGAUAAUAAAUUCUAUCUCUGUUUUGCAAUUUUAGAUGGAACACCAACACAAUAUAUCACUUCAGUAUUUGAUUAUAAGAAAGUACAAGAUGGAGAUAAUUGGAAUCGAUUAGAACCAUUUUGCUUUAAUUGCACGCGAGUUUCAAAUUUUACAUUUUUUGAAAAUCCUUACACAAUUAAAAUCAACGUUUUAAAUGAUUUAGUAGCUCGAAAUUUCGUAAUUUCUGAUGCAGAAAUUCUUUCGUUACCUAUUUUCAUUGAACAAAUAAUCUUAAAUGGAAUUGCAGUGCCAAGUUCAGGCAAUAGGUACUCAUUAGAGUUUUACCGAAAUGGUCAUCAUGGUGCUUAUCCACUCAUUCCAGCCAAUAUACAAUUAAAUGUAAUUACUUUUAAUAAUCUCGAAGAAUUUUUGAUGGAUGUCUUAAACUUCUUUGAGAAACUAAUGUUACAUCUUGACACGUGUCAUUCAAUACCUUUGGAUAAUCAAUUUCCUAUAAAUAACGCAGCAAAAGCAUUUAAUCAAAGAAUUAUCGAAAAAAUCAACGAUUAUAUAUCCAAAUUACCUGAUUACGAACCAAUAACUGUAGAGAACUUUAAAUCAGCAUUCGAUGAAGCAGGAAAAUUGAAAAAUCCUCAAGAAUUUAAACUCAGAUUAUUCCAUAGCAAAAAAGACAAAGAAUUAUUGCCAGAACUCAUUCCGUUUGCUCUUAAAAUAUAUCCACUCGAUAGUACUCAAGCGGAAAGAGAGAAAAUUUCCGAAAAUUUGACAAAAGAAUUUUUACUUCUCCAAGAACAAGUAAGUUUGAUACAGCAAGCUCAAGUUGAUAACAAUAGCAAGCUAUUUUCUACAUUUAGAGUCAUAGAUCAUGAUGUAAAUCGCACAGAUCGAACUUCGAUCGCAUUUCGGAAGGAUAAUUCACCAGCAGCUUUAAUUCUCAACCAAUUACUGAAAAUGUAUGCGUUGUAUAACCCACCUAUCUCUUAUUUACAAGGAAUGAACGACUUAUUUGUUCCGAUUUUAACUGCAUUCAUUCCAAACUACUCAGAAGACGGAAUACCAAUUGAUAAAGAUGGAAAUGAGCUUGAUUACAAGCCAUUCCUGCCAAUGAUCUUCUGGUGUUUCGAAUCUAUGGUCAUAAACACUCAACAAAUCAAGUUUUUGGAAAAUGUAACACUUCACUGCGGCCAAAUAUCCGAAAUCGUUCAAGAUAUAUUGAAUCACAUUUCCCCGAUGGCUGCAAUUUGGUUCCGCCGUUAUAACAUGCAAGGUUUGCUCUGGUGUUAUUCGGAUUUUGUUUUAUUGUUCAAGAGAACAUUUGAAGACAUUUGGACAACGUGGUUCCAAUUCAACGCGUGCGAACAACCUGACCAGUUCUUGAACUACUUCGUCGCAGCCAUUUUAAUUGCUUCCUUCGAUGGAUACACUCAACUUGAAGAAAUUUCAAUAACUACGAUGAUGGAUGCGUUUCCAAGGUUGCUGGCUUCUUUAGAUCCGAUUUAUCUUGGAAAGAUAGCGCUUUGGAUACAAGAAAACUAUAGACUUCAAGAUAACAAAGUUAUUAAAGAAAAUAAGAAAGAUAUUUCUUUCGAAUUCUUCCAUCCAAGCUGGGAGUAA